UCGAGCUAGCGCCAGCACAGACCUCUCGGGCCGGGAGGGUGGCCGUUGGGACCACUGAGGCGGCGGCGGGUCUCCUUACAGGUUUCCAAUGGCAGCGACACGGGAUUCCGGGCCGGGGCUCUGCUGUAAGCCCGGCGGGCGGCUGGACAUGAGCCACGGCUUCGUGCACCAUAUCCGACGGAACCAGCUCGCCCGGGACGACUACGACAAGAAGGUGAAGCAAGCGGCUAAGGAGAAAGUGAGGAGGCGGCACACACCCGCGCCGACGCGGCCCCGCAAGCCCGACCUGCAGGUGUACCUACCGCGACACCGAGAUGGCUCUACCCACCCAAGCAACCCAGACUGUGAGGAGUCCGGUGAAAGCAGCUGUAGUGGCGGCUCCGAGCCAGAGCCUUCUGGCCAUCAGCUCUUCUGCUUAGAAUAUGAGACAGACAGCGGAGAGGUCACAUCAGUUAUCGUGUAUCAGGAUGAUGAUCCAGGAAGGGUGAGUGAGGAGGUAUCUGCACACACACCUCUGGAUCCACCCAUGCGAGAAGCCCUCAAGUUGCGCAUCCGAGAGGAGAUUGCAAAACGCCAGCGCAGACACUGACCAGACUGAAGGCAUUCUCUCCAGGCUGAAUUCACUGCCCAGAGAGCUCAACCUCUAGUUUGGGGGUGCCAGGGCCAAUUUGGAUUGAUCUUGAGACCCUCCCUGCAAGCUGCCACAUCCACAGAAAAUAGGUGUUGCAGGGACUAUGCCUGGCCACCUCCUGUGUACCUAGUCUUGUAUGUUGGCCCAUUUGACCAGCCUAAUAACCUGGAAUUUUUUGAGAAUUUUGUUUGGCACUUUGGGGUUCUGGAAGCAGAAACUCCAGAGAAAGCCAACAUAUACAAAGCCUAUGCCAACUUGCUGGUUUUUCACUGACGUCUUAUGCCAUGGGACACCGGGCAUAUUUUUUUUUUUACAUUUCUACUUCCUUUCUUGCUUCUCACUUCCAUCCAUGUUUUCCUAGAUCUUUUUCACAGCUGUUUCUGUGUACUUUUCUUUCCCUCAUUUUUCUGUUUCAGAAUCUAUCCAUUCUAUACUACUCUCUUACCUCCUAAUAUGACUGCACCUCCAUCUGCUCAGGACUUUGGCGGUGGGAGCUUCUGGCAGUAUACCUUUCUCACAAAUUCUCCCAGUAAUUCUGGUACCAAUAAAGUGGGAAUUCUUCAUUUUUUUUUUUUUUAAGAGAUCUUCAUUUUUGAGGCCUACUUCCAAGCUUGUAUCUCCCUCCCCUUCUAUAGUUUCUGCAAGUUUCUCUCAUGCUUUGCACUAAGGAGACCUAGGAAGAUCAUGAAACUAAACUGUAAGAAUUUCUUGCAGCUAAACCUGCCAUUGUUAGGGCUCAGAAUUCUAGCUUUUGACUUUAUCCCUAGAUGUGAACAGACCAGCCUCUGCUCAGGCUAAUGGGGAAUUAUCAAAAUAAGAUUGAAACUAGUGCUCCAAAUGUGAUUUAUCUCAAAUGUACAUACAAAAGGAAAUUCUGUUAGCAAUAAUUGCCUAUUUGGAGCCCUAGUUGCAAAAAAAAAAAAGUUUGAACAACACCCUAAAGGAAGUGAUGAAAUUAGCCUCUCUCAUUUGCUCCUCCCAUGCCCCAUGCUUUCUCCUUUCCUGCCUCCCAAGAGUAUGUAAAACAGAUCCUUCAACUAAAGAUCUCAAGCAAGAUCUUUGCUUUUACCUAAAUGAAUGUCCUAAUGCAGGAUUGGGCUAAGUCCAUGUGAAAAGUCCACGUGACUUCCUGAAAUUCCAAACCACUUCACUUUUCCAGCAAAUGGGCCUAACCACAAGGACUUGUAUCUAUGGGAUUUAAGUGAUCCUGUGAGCACUGUAACUUCUUGAAACCAAAGUCCCCUGCCCUAGCAGUUUCUCCAUCCCAAGGUCUCAAGAUCAGUCUGAUUGAACCAUCUCAGUAGCUUUAUUGUGCCCUACACCCCUGAAAAAUCUACCAUCCUAGAAAUGGAGCAAGUAAGCUACUUAAACCACAUCAUGAAAAUGCAGCAAGCCAUAACUUGCAGUGCCACAAGAAUGCCAGGAGUGAGGUAGAUAAGGGCCUGAUUGUGAAAGCAGCCAGGGACCAGAGUGCUCCUGACCCACAAGGCUGGCCUGGGGCUAAAUGUCUUUAACUUGCCAGUCCUCGGCUUAGUUCUACUUUCAAAGCAGAAAAUCUGCCCUCUACGUAUUCAGCUGCCCUAGAAGUGCCUUUUGACUCACAAUGUUAACUACCCUGCUGAGCCUCCUGGGUCAAGGAGGCGGUGCCAUACUCCAUUCCCAAUCAGAGGACCAGUCAUUUUAGUCUUCCAGCUCUUCAACUGAUCUUCUAACUUGAACAUAGGAUUUUACUGGAACUCUUAGUUUUGCUAAUCUGGAAAUACUUCUUGGGUCUGACUUCUCACAGCUGGCUGGCCUUUUUCCUGUAUUUAUUACAGAAUUUAGAAAGGAUCAGGAGAGGAGAUCAGGGCACAGCACCUGAAAUCUUAGCCUCAUUCCUGUUUUGUGAGAGGGAAGACAUCUGUACUUAUUGUGUCCUUGUAUGUGUUUGUUAUAUAAUCCUCACACUCAGGUAAGAGACUGAUGGGAACUCCUUGCUUGUAAACUCCUCCUUAGGGCACUUUGCUUAGCAAGUGCGUAUAAGGUAUCUUUCACCCAAGAAAGCAUUCUAAUUUUUAGCUAAUUUAUACAAUAUGAUUAUGUAAAGCACUAAGUCUGGUACUUAAAUGAAAGGUUGUCCUUUAAUGUAGGCCUACUAGUGGUGAGACCAGGUGUGCCUAAAAUGCUUCCCUGGUGAUUACCUUCAGCCAUUUGACAGUCAGUGCUCAGGCUCAUUGCUUUUUGCUACCCCUCAUCUGGAGUCCAAGAUGGUACUAUCAUUGUAUUCACCAGACUUGCCUCCAGACAUCUUAAAGUUGCUUUCAAAUAAUGGUGCUUUGCCUUCAAGGAGCAUGUUCCAGAGCAUUUCCCACAGGCUCUAGAGAUGUCCCAAAGAAGACUUGUCCCAUGCUGUUUGGUGCAGUGGCAACAGUGUUGGACUUGCUGGAGCUUUCCAGCAGCUACUUCAGAAUCAACACUCACUUAACCAGACAUGAUCAUGACUGUUUGAAAAUGUCUGGUACCCUGAUAGGCAUAUCUGAUGCCCACCUAAA